AUGGAGGUGGACGCCGAGGAGAAGCGCCAUCGCACGCGGUCCAAAGGGGUCCGAGUUCCCGUGGAGCCAGCCAUACAAGAGCUGUUCAGCUGUCCCACGCCUGGCUGUGAUGGCAGUGGUCACGUUAGUGGCAAAUAUGCAAGACAUAGAAGUGUAUAUGGUUGUCCCUUGGCUAAAAAAAGAAAAACACAAGAUAAACAGCCCCAGGAACCUGCGCCCAAAAGAAAACCAUUUGCAGUAAAGGCAGACAGCUCCUCAGUGGAUGAGUGCUAUGAAAGUGACGCCACCGAGGACAUGGACGAGAAGGAGGAAGAGGAGGAGGAGGAGUACUCUGAGGACAACGACGAGCAGGGCGAUGAGGAUGAGGAGGACGAGGAGGUGGACAGAGAGGAGGAGGAGGAGAUUGAGGAAGACGACGACGAUGAUGAUGAAGAUGGAGAGGACGUGGAGGACGAUGAAGACGAGGAGGAGGAAGAGGAGGAGGACGAGGAGGAGGAGGAAGAAAAUGACGACCAUCAGAUGAACUGUCACAGCACUCGCAUCCUGCAGGACACGGAGAAGGAUGACAACAACAACGAUGAGUAUGACAAUUACGAUGAACUCGUGGCCAAGUCGCUGCUGAACCUCGGCAAAAUCGCCGAGGAUGCCGCGUACCGGGCCAGGACCGAGUCCGAGAUGAACAGCAACACCUCCAACAGCCUGGAGGAUGACAGCGACAAGAACGAGAACCUGGGUCGGAAGAGUGAGCUGAGCUUAGACUUGGACAGUGACGUCGUCCGGGAAACCGUGGACUCCUUGAAGUUGCUAGCACAAGGGCACGGGGUCGUGCUCUCCGACAGCAUCAGCGACCGGGGCUACGCAGACAGCGUGCCCCCGCAGGACGGCAGGGGCAUGAACUACGUCAUGCUGGGGAAGCCCAUGAACAACGGGCUCGCGGAGAAGAUGGUGGAGGAGAGCGACGAGGAGGUGUGCCUGAGCAGCCUCGAGUGCCUGCGCAACCAGUGCUUCGACCUGGCGCGCAAGCUCAGUGAGACCAGCCCCCCCGAGAGGGGCCAGGCGCCCAGCCACGCGCGGCCCGAGGACGACUUCCCGGGAAGGACCCCCGACAGGAGCUACUCGGACAUGAUGAACCUCAUGAGGCUCGAGGAGCAGCUGAGUCCCCGGUCGAGAACGUUCUCUAGCUGUGCGAAGGAGGAUGGGUGUCGCGAGCGGGAUGACGACACCACCUCCGUCAACUCUGACAGGUCAGAAGAGGUGUUUGACAUGACCAAGGGGAACCUGACCCUCCUGGAGAAAGCCAUUGCCCUGGAGACGGAGAGGGCCAAGGCCAUGAGGGAGAAGAUGGCCAUGGAGGCUGGCAGGCGGGACAGCCUGCGGUCCUACGAGGACCAGUCUCCACGACAGCUUGCCGGGGAGGACAGGAAGCCCAAAGCCAGUGACAGCCAUGUCAAAAAGCCAUACUAUGGUAAAGAUCCCUCAAGAACAGAAAAGAAAGAGAGCAAGUGUCCGACCCCCGGGUGUGAUGGAACCGGCCACGUCACCGGGCUCUACCCGCAUCACCGCAGUCUGUCCGGGUGCCCGCACAAAGAUAGGGUCCCUCCGGAAAUUCUUGCCAUGCAUGAAAAUGUGCUCAAGUGUCCCACUCCGGGCUGCACAGGGCGCGGGCAUGUAAACAGCAACAGGAACUCCCACAGAAGCCUUUCAGGAUGCCCGAUUGCUGCAGCAGAGAAACUGGCAAAGGCCCAAGAAAAACACCAGAGCUGUGACGUCUCCAAAUCCAACCAGGCCUCCGACCGAGUCCUAAGGCCCAUGUGCUUCGUAAAGCAGCUGGAGAUCCCCCAGUACGGCUACAGAAACAAUGUGCCCACCACCACGCCGCGCUCCAACCUGGCCAAGGAGCUGGAGAAAUAUUCCAAGACUUCGUUUGAAUACAACAGUUACGACAACCAUACUUAUGGCAAGAGAGCCAUAGCUCCCAAGGUGCAAACCAGGGAUUUGUCCCCCAAAGGAUAUGACGAUGCCAAGCGGUACUGCAAGAACCCCAGCCCCAGCAGCAGCAGCAGCAGCAGCUACGCGCCCAGCAGUGGCAGCUUGAGUUGUGGCGGCGGCAGCAGCGCCAGCAGCACGUGCAGCAAGAGCAGCUUCGACUACACGCACGACAUGGAGGCAGCACACAUGGCGGCCACGGCCAUCCUCAACCUGUCCACGCGCUGCCGAGAGAUGCCUCAGAACCUGUCCACCAAGCCACAGGACCUGUGUGCCACGCGGAACCCUGAUGUGGAGGUGGAUGAGAACGGGACCCUGGACCUCAGCAUGAACAAGCAGAGGCCGCGGGACGGCUGCUGCCCCCUCCUGACCCCCCUGGAGCCCAUGUCCCCUCAGCAGCAGGCUGUGAUGAGCUCUCGGUGUUUCCCCCUGAGCGAGGGCGACUGCUGGGACCUGCCUGUGGACUACACCAAAAUGAAGCCCCGGAGGAUAGACGAAGAGGAUUCCAAAGAGAUCACCCCAGAAGACUUGGACCCGUUCCAGGAGGCUCUGGAGGAGAGGAGGUACCCCGGGGAGGUGACCAUCCCGAGUCCCAAGCCCAAGUACCCCCAGUGCAAGGAGAGCAAAAAGGACUUGAUAACUCUGUCUGGAUGCCCACUGGCGGACAAAAGCAUCCGAAGCAUGCUGGCCACCAGUUCACAAGAACUCAAGUGCCCCACCCCUGGCUGUGACGGUUCUGGACACAUCACCGGCAACUACGCUUCUCACCGGAGCCUUUCAGGGUGUCCCAGGGCCAAGAAGAGCGGCAUCCGAGUAGCACAGAGCAAGGAGGACAAGGAAGACCAAGAGCCCAUCAGGUGUCCUGUCCCCGGCUGCGACGGGCAGGGCCACAUCACGGGGAAGUAUGCUUCCCACCGCAGCGCCUCGGGGUGCCCACUGGCGGCCAAGAGGCAGAAGGACGGGUACCUCAACGGCUCCCAGUUCUCCUGGAAGUCGGUCAAGACGGAAGGCAUGUCCUGCCCCACGCCUGGCUGCGAUGGCUCGGGCCACGUCAGCGGCAGCUUCCUCACACACCGCAGCUUGUCAGGAUGCCCGCGCGCCACGUCGGCCAUGAAGAAGGCGAAGCUGUCAGGAGAGCAGAUGCUCACCAUCAAGCAGCGGGCCAGCAACGGGAUAGAAAACGACGAAGAAAUCAAACAGUUGGAUGAGGAGAUCAAGGAGCUGAAUGAGUCCAAUUCCCAGAUGGAGGCCGACAUGAUCAAACUCAGAACUCAGAUCACCACCAUGGAGAGCAACCUGAAGACCAUCGAGGAGGAGAACAAGGUGAUCGAGCAGCAGAACGAGUCCCUCCUGCACGAGCUGGCCAACCUCAGCCAGUCCCUGAUCCACAGCCUGGCCAACAUCCAGCUGCCCCACAUGGAUCCAAUCAAUGAACAAAAUUUUGAUGCUUACGUGACUACUUUGACGGAAAUGUAUACAAAUCAAGACCGUUAUCAGAGUCCAGAAAAUAAAGCCCUACUGGAAAAUAUAAAGCAGGCUGUGAGAGGAAUUCAGGUCUGAACAGCUGCUCUAGAGCAAAGGAUGCCUCUUGGUUUUGCUGCUGUAACUUGCCAGAAAGUGUUCUCUUUCAUUUCUGUCUGGAACAGUGUGAUGCUCACAAGACUUCAUAAUGAUUUUAUGUCUUGCUUUAAAGAUAGUACCUGCAGAAUAGUUUUUGGAUACAUUCACAUUUUGUACGUUUUCAUAUGAGCUGACAUAGUGUGAUAUGCCAUGUGAUGUUUAUAGCUGCUAUUGUAUGCACAUCGGGGUUAUAUAUAUUUCUGAAGAGGUAAGCGGAUCAAAAUAAAUAGAGUGUAAAUUCUUUUUAAUGCUUUAGUGAGUAAAUGUUUUAGUAUUUUGAACUGAAAUGGACAAAAAGAAAAAAAAAAAAGAAAAAAACCCCACAGCUUCGGAUGAUCAUGCCGUGGCCCCCGUGGCCACGUUUUAGACAUUAUCAUUUUGCCUCAUGUUGGAGGACUUUUAUGGAAUUUAAGAAAUACAUUUUGUGUGCAUAUUGUUUCAUAGCAAGAAUUGGUUGCAAAAAAUGCUUUAUUUUUGAACACUGCUUGGAAAUAUUAUGUGAUGUUUUUGUUUGUUUGUUUUAGGAGGAUGGUGUAUGGUGGGGGCAGUGAGUGAGGUUUUUUGCAUUCCAAGGAAAUGGCAUGUGGAUUAACUGUAAGACAUGAAAAUUGUAAUUUGUUGUAAGACAACAUCCAGCCGUGGGAACUUGGCAGAAGACUCAAAGCAGCUCAAACAGCACUUUUAACUUAACCCCCAAACAUGACGUGGUCUGACUGUGGGAUGCUGUUGAGACAGGAGCUAUCAGAGGCGGACGCCACGAAGAUUUCCUUUCCCAUUCUCAAUAAACGUUGGAACAGCCUUCUCUUAUGUCCCCUCUAGCCCAUGCCCCUCUGAACUGUCUGUUCUCGCAAUGUAGUUGACCUACCAGAAUAUGUGUGUUUCCGAUCUAAGCGAAAAGAUGGCCUAGAGCGUUUAUUUCCCCUUUUCACACUUCCAAAUUCUCCUUCUUGUUGUUAUGAUUUUACACUUGAGGGAUCAAGGCGAGUGAUCUGUGAGUGUUCUGGUUCCCAGUGAGAAGGUGAUUCGGUGAAGCUUCUCGCCCAGCCCCCACCCCGACCUUGACCUUGACCAAGCACUUGGUCCCUCCCGCCACGAAGACGCUUAGGCUCUGCCUGGGUUGGAGACCAGUUGGCCGCAGAGCAUUUAGCGCGCCUUGUCUGGUUGAUGGUGACCUAUUCUAAGAAUGAAUGCAAUCAGAGUUUAAAAGUAACUAAAUAUACUUCGGCACUUUUUUGCUUUAAACUAGAUCAUCUUAGACUUGUUUGUACCUUUCAGAUUUGAUUAUUUUACUCCAAAUGACUGCACUAUAUGUAUGCAUAAGACCACUUUCGAUUGCUGCGUUUCCCUCCUGCGUAGUCCUUUGAAGAUGUGUUGUGUUUUUCUGAUGUUGACUUGAUUUCCAUUUGGUAGCAUCUCUUCCUUCCAUGUCUCGAUGUUAUGCAGGAAGUACAAAAGUACUUUAAAAUUUUGUUAUGAAAUAAAAAAAGAUGGGUUUUGUAAAAAUAAAAAAAAUAUUUUUAGCAGAACAGGACUUACAGGGUCAUUGUCCCCACAAUGUGCCAGCCGACUAUUUGCACUUACCUUGUCCUAUAUAUCCGUACGGAGGUGUGCAAUUCCUUGUGACGCUGAACCUGGAUGGAUUAUAGAGGAGGCCCUCUCGGCUGACCCGCGACGGUUGCUAAGGGAGACUACAGGGAUCUCACGACAAAUAUUCUGAUACAAUACUCAACCUCGGUAUAUAUAUGUACAAAUAGAUGUAUAUCCCAGCGGCACUUUAUAUACUGCUCACUGUACAAAAGCUGACAGUUCUCCACGAGGAUCGAGCCACUGGCUGGGAAAGGUCACAUCCUGACUUCGGGGCUCUGCAGCGUCCUCUGUACAGCGCCCUCUGUCGUUGUGCGAUUAGCCGCAGCUGCCAUGCUCAGAAUUGCCUUCCGAGAG